AUGAAAAAAAACAACUCGUCUAAGUCUUUUGAGGUCACAGGAGGUCUCGGAGGCCUGGGCCUGAUCGCAUCCUUCCACUGUGCCGCAGAGUUCGACAACCCGAUCAUCACUACGUCGAGAUCAGGUCGUCUCGGCAGUGGAGGGGCCUCCGCCAUGAACAUGUUCGAGGCCCUCAAGGAGAUGGUGCCUGUGUACAACGUGAGGCUAAACGUGGCGAACGCGCAAGACACGGCCGAUGUCUUUGCGUGGGUUAGCCGACCGGGAAUGCCCCCAGAGGACAGCAAGGUACUGAUCGACGAUGUGGUGUACCAGGUCCGUUACAAGAUCCACUCUAUGCCCGACGAUGCCCUGCGAAGGAUCCAGGAGUUCUUGCUGGAAGUGAAAGAGAAGUUGCUCCAGAUUAUGAAAGACAUGCGGCAGCAGGAGACAAAAAUUGAUCAGUCUACAAUGGCUGACUUGUCAGAGAAGGAAGCGGCUGUCAGCCAAGCGAUUGGCAUGAUCCGCGCCAAGGUAGGAGCUGUCCCUCGGUCCGGGCAGUGCCGGCUACUGGGCGGCCUUGCCUCCCACGGCUACGGGGUACCAGACAGUGAUGCAUUGGCGACCGUGCCCUCGGAGGGCUCGCUGCCGAUGCAGGCUUCUGGCAAAGCCUCAGUUCCGGAUUUGAUGGAGGUUGAGCGCCUCUCGUCAAUCCCAAAACCAAUGGGACCGACCACUGCGGCACUCUUCUAG